AUGCCUGCAUACCCAGCGUCAACCAACGUUAAGCGCAUACUAGCUACUGUGCCGGUUAAUGAAAGGAAACUCCAGUUUGAGUUUGGCGCCUGGUUUUCAUCAAUGGUAGAGGCUUCAUUGGUAGAGCCGCCAUACGAUACAGAAUACAAACAUGACUUAGCAGUGAUGACAUGGGGAGCUCCGGAUCUAGGAAGAAUUCAAGUGAGAAGAGGGAUCGAAAAUGUGCUGUACAUUGAUACAGAGUUCCAUCGAGACAUAUCACGAUGGGAGACAGAGGCUUCUGAUUGGCAAGGUGAAUCGGAUGGUUUGUACCAGAAUUUCGGCGCAAAAGCACCCGAUGGAAUGGUCUUCAUCAAGACGUUCGCUUCCAUCACACACACAUCCUCUUCAACAUCAGAUAAUUAUACAUGCAGUCGAUGUCGUCCAGAAUAUGCCGUUCGUACUAGCCUGGAGAGAAAAUACGGAGCUCCCGGUGAAAAAGCUUACCUAGUCCCAUCACUGAUCAUCGCUCUCAAGUCAAGCGAUACCCCUAUAGAAAAAGUGAUCUGCGAGGGGUUGUCUUACCUCAGUGCGUGCCAUGAGUGCUGCGGCACUUACUUAGGUCUACUUAUAAGGGGACAUACAUAUUGCUUAGUAUACGCGAUAUCAUCCACCCUGUUCGCCGUCAAAGGAUCAACAUCGAUGACGAAAGACCAAGAUAUUGGAGAGGUUAUGACUGUUCGAGAGUAUCUUAACCAUUUCAGAUCCCUUCCUGAUAUUUUGGGUACAUACCCCGCGCCGAAUCUCGAAGGCUUCAAGGAUAUCUGGAGGUAUAUUGUUAGAGCGAUUGACCUUCUCGUCAGUUGUCCUUUGGGGAAACCUGUUCCUCCUGUCGAUCGCCCAACUGGGCCCAUCAUCGAGAAUUUACGACAACUGAGCUCCCGAGAUGUAGAUAUUGUUGCUAUCACAGAUCGUAUCGCUCAACUCGCAGUUAUUCGUCUCUUCCCAAUUCCAUGCCUGACAACGAAAACGAUGAGGACAUUUUUACUUCCCUCCGGUUUCCUCGAGUCCGAUUUCCCCUCAGAGCUAGGUGAAGAGUAUCCCGAUGGUCCAGAAGACGAGUGGAUCGAUGAAGAAGAACGAGAGAAGCAAGAAGAGGAGGAUAUGCUUUACCUCGCGCAAAAAGCUGUAUUGAGAAAACGCAAUGUCAGGAUCGUUCCUCUAUCUUCAGCACUCUUCGAGCCCUUGAUUGAAGAAAUGAAAGCGGACCAUUAG